UAAGAAAAAAAAGUGAACCAUAUAAAAAAUUAGUUUUUCGGUAAUCCUCUCACUAGACCUGUUCUCUUUUCCUUUUUUAUACUACACUAUUUAAAUAUCAUGCCUCACUCCACCAGCGAUAAGGUUGACGAACAAAAUCAAGUUCCUGAGAUCAUUACACAUCCAGUACCUAGUCGUCUUCUUGAUUCAAAACAAUGUCCCACACCUCAUGUCAACUCUAUGGAGCAAUAUCGCUCCAUGUGGAAAGAGAGUGUUGAGCAGCCCGAUAUUUUCUUUGGCAACCUUGCCCGUGAGCUUUUAACUUGGGAUAAACCUUUCGAGACUGUCAGUCAUGGCUCAUUCGAAAAUGGUGAUAUUUCUUGGUUUGUAAACGGUGAAUUAAAUGCCUGUUACAAUGCUGUUGAUCGUCACGCUUUUGCCAACCCUGACAAGAUUGCUAUUAUUCAUGAAGGUGAUGAGCCUACCGAAGUCCGUCGCAUCAGCUACGGUGAGCUUUUACGUGAAGUAUCUCGUAUGGGUAAUGUUCUCAAAAGCCUUGGUGUCCGUAGAGGUGAUAACGUUGCUAUUUAUAUGCCAAUGAUUCCCGAAACUUUGAUUGCCAUGUUGGCUUGUGCCCGUAUUGGUGCUGUUCAUUCCGUUGUCUUCGCUGGUUUCUCCGCCGAUUCCCUUCUUGAUCGUGUUGCUGAUUGUGGUGCUCAUGUUGUCAUCACUUCAGAUGAAGGAAGACGUGGUGGUAAGAAUAUUGCCACUAAGAGAAUUGUUGAUGAUGCUUUAAGUAAGGAAGAAGCCCAUCAAGUUGAACAUGUUAUUGUCUAUCAGCGUACUGGUUCUGAAGUUCCCAUGAUGGAUAACCGUGAUCUCUGGUGGCAUACUGAGAUGGAGAAGGCACGUCCAGUUUGCCCUUAUGAACGUAUGAGUGCUGAGGAUCCUCUUUUCUUGCUCUAUACUUCCGGUUCUACUGGCGCUCCUAAAGGUGUUGUCCAUACUACUGGCGGUUAUCUUUUGGGUGCCGCUGCCACUGUUAAGUAUAUCUUUGAUGUUCAUCCAGAGGAUGUUUAUGCUUGUAUGGCCGAUGUUGGAUGGGUCACUGGUCACACAUAUAUUACAUAUGGUCCUCUUACUCUUGGUGUAACCACUGUUUUAUUUGAAUCUACACCUACCUACCCCAAUCCUAGCCGUUUCUGGCAAUUAAUUGAAAAACACAAGGUUACUCAAUUUUAUACAGCUCCCACUGCCAUUCGUGCUCUCCAGCGUUUGGGUGAUAAGUGGUUAGAUAACAUCGAUCUCUCCAGUUUGCGUGUUAUUGGUUCUGUUGGUGAACCCAUUAACCCUGAAGCUUGGAACUGGUAUAACGAGAUGGUUGGUAAGGGGCAAUGCGCUGUUGUUGAUACCUACUGGCAAACUGAGACCGGGUCUAUUAUUAUCAGUCCUCUCCCUGGAUCCACUCCUACCAAGGCUGGUUCCGCCACUCUUCCCUUCUUUGGUAUCAACCCUGUUAUUCUUGAGCCUUCCACUGGUAACGUCAUCACUGCCGUCGAUGAGACCGGUGUUCUUGCCAUAAAGCAAUCAUGGCCUUCCAUGGCUCGUUCAGUAUACAACCACCAUUCUCGUUUCUUGGAUACUUACACUAAGCCUUAUCCCAACUACUAUUACACAGGAGACGGUGCCUCUAUUGAUAAAGAUGGUUAUGUAUGGAUUAGAGGACGUGUUGAUGAUGUUAUCAACGUUUCUGGUCAUCGUCUUUCAACUUCUGAGAUUGAAGCUGCGCUCAUUACACACGAGGCUGUUUCUGAAUCUGCGGUUGUUGGUGCACAUGAUGAUUUGACCGGUCAAGCUAUCCAUGCUUUUGUAUCAUUAAAAUCACACUAUCAAUUCAAUGAAGGUCUUGAUCGUGAAUUGAUUUUGACCGUCCGUAAAAUUAUCGGUCCUUUUGCUGCACCUAAACGUAUCCAUAUCGUCCGUGAACAUCCCAAAACCCGAUCCGGAAAGAUUGUUCGUCGUAUUCUUCGCAAGAUUGUUAACGGCGAACAUGGUCAACUCGGUGAUACUUCAACCUUAGCUGAUCCCUCUGUCAUUCCCUCUAUUGUCUCUCAGGUACACAAGAAAUAGAUUAAAGGCAUCAAACAAAUACUUCCAGCCUUUAUGAACUCUUUAACUUUCUAAAAAGAUUCUCCAUACUCACAAUUUACACUUCAAAACUUCUUUUGGGUUUUGAUUUUUUUGUAUAAAUUAUACUAAUUUACCCUGUUUGCACCGAUAUUCUUUUUUCUAAUCAAUUAAAUUAAAUAAAUAGUUUUAUGACAAAUUUA